CCGGCUGGGGGCGGAAGGGGCGGGCGCGGAAGAGCGGUGGGCAAGAUGGCGGCGGCCGCGCUGUGCUGCCGGCGUGCGGUGAUGCUCUGGCGGCUGCCGGGCGCAGGGCUGGGACGCCGAGGGCUGCUGGCCGCGACCGGCAGCCGCCUGAUGUCCCGUCUGCCGCCGGGGAGCGGCCAGCGUCAGGGCGCGCAGAGGAGGCUGGUGUCGUGGCGGUCGCUGGCGGCCACCUUUGUGGUGUGCGGGGGACUGCUGGCUCUCAUGAAGAAGGUGAAGCGGCAGAAGGAGGAGGAGCUGGAGAAGGAACGAAACAGAGGCAUCGGGAAACCGCUGCUGGGAGGACCCUUCUCGCUCGUCAGCCACGAGGGACAGCCCAGGAGCAGCAAGGACUACAUUGGCCAGUGGGUGCUGAUCUACUUUGGCUUCACGCACUGCCCUGACAUCUGCCCUGACGAGCUGGAGAAGAUGAUCGAAGUGGUCAAUGAGAUUGAUAGGAUUCCAUCUUUGCCCAAUCUGACUCCACUCUUCAUCACCAUUGAUCCUGAGAGGGACAACGAAGAAGCCAUUGCCAGAUACGUUAAAGAAUUUUCUCCAAAGCUGGUGGGAUUGACUGGUACCAGGGCACAGAUUGACCAAGUGGCCAAAGCUUUCCGCGUGUAUUACAGCGAAGGUCCCAAGGAUGAAGAUGAUGAUUACAUAGUGGAUCACACAAUAAUCAUGUACCUCCUUGGGCCAGAUGGUGGCUUCGUGGACUAUUACGGCCAGAAUAAGAAAAGCACAGAGAUUUCUGCAUCCAUUGCUGCACACAUGAGGAAAUACAGAUCCUAAACCAUAGCAACUUCAGAGUUUGAUGCGAAGAUCACCUGUGGGUUUGGCUGUAGUCGGGCAUUGGAGUUGAAGCAGCAGCACACAAGUGUCAUGUCUUGUCACCACCUGUCUUCUGUCUUCCCCAGCGGGAAGGGAACCAGACUUCUGCAAAACAAUCCCUGCAGAGCCUUCCCCAGGGAUAUUACCUGCAGCAGGACCUGUGCUAGAGAAUGAAAUUUUUGAACUUCUCUGAAACAUUGUUGGGAGCAAAACCUAGAACCCACUUUGUGUGGCUGGGAAAAUGCAUGUGUGUCUCCUGGCAGGACAGUGGUGGAGGACGCUCACUGUAGGAGGGUGAUUGCUUGCAGAAAAGCCAUCUGGGCCAGAGUGCUCUCGGAGGAAUUCUGCCCUUUCUGCAUUAUUUUGCCAUCUGGGAGGAGCAGUUACAGGAUCAUAAACAGGAGAGUCCUUAUCAUAAGCCUGAAAGGUACUUCUUUAUCAAGGUGCACCAGCAACAGCAGCAGCUUCGGUGUGAGCCCAGCCCUGCUUGUUCCAGGUGAACACUGUUAAAUUGUAAGGAAGUGAGUAAUGAGUUGCAGAAAGAUUUUGCUUUUGGUCUAAAUGAUUCAGUGUGUGGAGCCCCUGUGCCAUGCUGAGCAGUGCAGUGGGGAGGGUGGCAGGGGUCUGUCCAUGCAUGAGGCUGUCAAUCAGAACCAUUUCCUGCAGUGCAGCAUCUGGAAAUAAAGAUUGCUUUGGAUAAACUAUCA